UUCUUGAACAAAAACCUUUGAUCAGGAUUUUUUUUUCUCGCUGGCCGCAUCCUCCAAUCAGACCCCCGUGACGGCCCUAUACUCCGACGUCCCCCGGCCCUGCACCGCGCGUGACGACUACGACGACGACGACGACGACGUCGACGUUUGCGCACAAUGUUCAGCUGGGCAAAGUCAACGCUAGCCGCGGUUGCCGGCACCCAGGAGCCCGAAUACGGCCCUGAGGCCAUCCAGCCCGUGGGCAAGAAGGGCGACGAGCCUGCUUACACCCAACUAACCAAGGACCACCUCAAGUGGGAGACGCUCGACUACACCAAUGUCGAGACACAGACGUUCUACUUCUUCUCCGACGCCGGCCACAAGGGCUUCCUGCAGGUCAUCUACAACAACAUCGCCGGCCUCCGCGUGACGGUGCAGUUCAACUGCAAGCUCUUCUACCCCGGCAACGAGAAGCCGUUUCUGUGGGCAAGUGACCCCGUCCAAAACUACGGCUUCGACGAGAAGCAGCACUCCUUCUAUGCCGAUGGCGUGUCGAUUGAGCUCUCCGACGAGGGCGACGCCUACACCAUCAAGGCGGCCGUGAACGAGGACAGCAUGGUCAACGUCAAGUUCACCCGCACGGCGCCUGGCUUCAUGGGCGGAAAGGACGGCACCACGAAUUACGGCACAAACCCCAAGGAGCCCUGGGGCUCCAUGCACCACCACUUCUGGCCCCGAUGCAGCGUCGAGGGCACCAUCAUCACAAAAGAGGCACAGAUUGACGUCAAGGGCCGCGGCAUGUUAAGCCAUGCCCUCCAGGGAAUGAAGCCGCACCACGCUGCGGCCCGAUGGAACUUUGUCAACUUCCAGUCGCCCUCGUACUCGGCCAUCAUCAUGGAGUUCACCACGCCCGCCUCGUACGCAUCGACAGUCGUCCGAGUCGCCGGCAUUGCCACGGACGGCAAGCUUCUCUUUGCCAACACCCAGGGCGAUGUGAAGCACACGGAGACCAAGCAAGACGAAACGGGUUGGUCAGCCCCCACUUCGGCGAGCUACCACUGGACUGGAGAGACGGAGGAUGGCGAGGAGGUGACGGCAGACCUUGCAGGCGCGCUGGGCGAGACGAUUGACCGCGUCGAUGUCAUGGCUGAGGUGCCAGGGUUCAUCAAGACGAUUGUUGCGAGCGCGGCAGGCACCAAGCCAUACAUUUACCAGUAUGCGCCAAAGAUGACCAUCAAGGUCAAGGUGGGCGACGAGGUCAAGGAGGAAGAGGGCACGCUCUUCACCGAGGCUACCUUUAUCUCGUAGAGGCCAUGUUCCAGGUUUGGAUACCAAGAUGCUAUGCCAUCUUUGAUACCCUAGUAAUAAUACAUCAGGGCUACCACCUGGUCUAAUGAAUAACGUUU